AUGAGUCGCAUGGAUGACACAGUGCGGCCGCAUCGGCCACACAGGACGGAUGCAUCAAACGAGAUAAAGGAACCGGUAUACACUAGAACGGGCUCACCGAAUAAUGGAAACUCUGCCCGCGAUGAAGUUUCUACACGGCCACAUAAACCAGCACCGUCAAAGCUGCUGGCUGAAGACUUGAUAAUAGAGCUUGCCCAGAGAGCAGUGGAUAGCGGUAUUCAAGAUACAAAACGUUCGUUGGCUGGAAGUGAAGCCGUAGAGGAUGUUGUUCGGCCAAAGCUUACGAUCGACCUGGGCCACGCAAACAUUGCUCGUGUCCCAGAAGCGGUGGUUAAUAUAAUAAAGGACGAAGUUGCCAGGUUAUCACUCUCCAAUAAUCACAUUGACCGCAUUCCAAACCGUUUCUCGGAAUGUAUUCACCUUCGAUACCUCAAUAUCCGAGCAAACAAUUUCACAGAGUUCCCGCGAGUUGUUUACAGUCUCACAUUCCUGGAAAUCCUCGACCUAAGCCGGAACAAAAUCACAAAAUUGCCUGAGGAAGUCCGCAAUUUGUCUUCAUUGCGGGUUUUUUCCAUAAUGCAGAAUUUCUUGGAAGACCUCCCAAGCCAACUCGCGGACAUGAGUAAAUUACAGGUUAUCAAGGUUUCCGGAAACCCGCUUAACAGCUCCUUGAAAGCCGUUCUGGAACUCAGAGAAGCGGAUGUCAACCAUCUUGAGAUGGCGGAUAAUGAAAAAGACAGUGCAAUUACCACGGAACUCAAAAGAUUUUUGAAAAGCAGGCGGGCCGCAGCAUCCCCUGAGCCUGAGUAUAACGACCAAAGUGAAACAACUGAACCACCGAGACCGCCAAAGAGAGGUAAUCGUUUUCCGGUGAUACCCAGAUCUAACGGAACCGAUUCUACGUCUGGUUCCAGGUCUCCCUCGUUGUCAAGACCGCCACCGAUACCCACUAGAUCACAUCAUAGAAUGGCAUCUGGUCAAAGUGGACUUAUUCAUCGUUCGAACACUUUGGCAAGUGUUAGGAGUGCCAGUGAACGCAACCGAAGCAACAGUGAAGGCUUUAUCGCCGGCUCAGGAACGUCACGCAACAAGAGGAUGGGGCUGGUAAGUAGGAAAAACACGGAUCUCGGAACUCUGGACGAGAUGCGCCCAUAUCGUAACAGCCAUCUACGCGGUCUAAGCCAUGGCUCCCUUCUCCGGUCCCAGCGCGGUGGCAUGACAAAUGACGGCAGUAACUCAUCUAGCCCAAGCAGCCCAAUGGACCGGAGACGCCUAAAAGAUGGAUUUGUUCACAGACUUUCAAGCCUUCCCGAGCAGAGAGUAAAAACCACGACUAAAAAUCCUGUGGUCAAUUCUGCAAGAAGCGUGCUCUAUGCACUUUAUCAGAUACAUCCUCAUAUCUCCUCCCUAAUCAAUGUUAUAAAGGCGGAAGAAUAUAGGCGAAGCAGCCUUGAGAUUGUUUUUUAUAAUGCGACAACGCAUCUCGAUCAACUGAAUGAAGCAUUACAGAACAUUGGUGAUGCAGAUUUACAGGAUAAAGAGGUUGCCAAAAGAAUUACCGAGUCUGUCAAGCACGAGUGUGCAACCUGCAUCACUGCCUAUACACACGUUGGAACCCAGCUUCGCGCAAACGUUGCCAAAGCUGUAGCCUUGAGCGACCCAAAAUAUAUCCGGACUCUCCUCCUCAUGAUAUACGGCAGUCUAAUCGAACUUCGCAAUGCUUACGCUGUUUUUGACGUGAAACCGAAGCUUCGAAAGCCAAAAAUGACCAAAAAACUAUCCAUUACUACCACAAGCCAACCUGUGAGUAAAUUCAUGUCCGAGCGCGAGCCUGAACCGUCGGUUACGCCGACGAGGGAAAGACCACCAACUUCUCGCCGACUACGGAGCGAAACUACUGUGCAUCUCCCGCCUAUCGCACCAUUCCCUACUGCCUUACCGUCAUUCGCUCCACAUCCACCCGGUCAUCCAUCACAUUCGAACCAUCCAACAGCUCCGCCACUCACCAUUGGAGGCAGAAGCCGCUCAAGUAGUCGAUCGAAUGCGUUUUUACAUUCAGGAACCUCGUCUAUUGCAAACACCCCACGAUCAGGAGAAUCUUUUAACUUGCUCCAGACUCCGGUUAACAAUAGGAUUAAUCCUGUCACUGGUCUAGAUGAGAUUGAAGAGGACCGUAUUUUCGAGAAAAUUUUCAUUCAACUCUCAUCGGCAUAUAAGGCUACACUCCAAUCCGUUCCCUUGGCUGCGCAACAGUUCUCCCAGUGUCUCAAAGCCGCCGAAGAAUCCAGAGCUCCCCAACAUCUUCGAAACUUGUGCCGGAAACUACUUGUUCGCUGUCGUUCAUGUGUAGACGUUGCCGAUGCACUAGAUAACCGACUAUCCAACAUGAAACUCAAAGAGCCUGGCGGCAAUCUACGAAACCAACGUGAAUUCUGGCAUCUUUGCAAGACAUUCAUCCAAACUUUCGUUGAGCUGGUUCUCGAUAUCCGCGAAGCUAAAACUUUCUGUCUACUUCCCUCUGAGAUCGUUGCUACUCUUCGAAUAGUACAGAAGACGAUAAGGGAGGCCGGACGCUUAAUUGAUACCUCACCUUGGUCAUAUCUUGCUGAACUUCAUACCUCAAAUCCCUCUAAUGCGGUUUCACAACCCCAUCCUAAUGGUCACCUUCAUUAUUCGAACUCUUCCACGUCAAUUGCAUCGCAAUCUGGCCUGGUCAAUGGAUCUUCCCCGCAGUCAGCCACCGUUCCGGCUACACCUUUGAGCGCUGCACUUGGUCCUGCGGCACAAGCCACUGUUCCUUCAACGACCACCUCCACAAAUAUUUCCAAUACAUCUGGUGAUCGCAUGUUUGCUGGAGACGUCUUUCAACGGGCAGAUCUCUUGCUUUCUAUGGCUCCUUCCGCACCAUUAUUUUAUCGCCGCUAG